AUGUUGCGGAACGCCGUGCAGCCGUCGCUGGUGUCGCUCUUCUCGUCGACGUCGUCGUCACCGUUUGCUGUCUUCUCGAUGCACGUCGACCUUGACCUGCCCGAAGAUUCGGGCCUGAUCCUGCUGCGCGAUCACGACGACCGGCGCGCCGAUAUACCCGCCAACGAUGCCACUGAGCUGCAGCGAGAUCCGCGCCGGUUCCAGCUUCGCGUCGAUGCGCCCGGCAGCGGUCAGAGCUCGAUGCGCGGCCUGCUCGAGGAUACGGUGCUGCACAUCCAGUCGCCUACGAUCAAGACGACCUUUAUUCGCACGCCCCCGCUCAACGAGCGCAGGAGCAGCUCGGGCGAGGUGCUGGGGCUCGAGCUGCCCUACCUUCACCUCCAGUUCCGUCCGCUCGGCUCCAAGCCGUUCAUGGUCGAGGUCGGCGUGCGCGACAUCCGGGGUAAGCGGGCCAGGAUCCGACUGAGCAACUUCCAAGCGCAGCCCGCUCUCUACCUCGUCAAGGCAAAGGAGAUCGUUGGCGAGGCGAGCGUCGCUCGACAGUCUCGGGACAUCCGAGAACAGGCCCAACAAUCAAGGAGCGACAACGGCCCCAUACUCCAUUUGCCCGUCGCCCUGCCCGCCGAUCCGCAAAACGAACCGACGAGCUUCACGCCGUGGCUAUCCGUCACUCUUUCGCUUGCCAAGCUCAUGCCUCACUUCAACAACCCCAAACUGCUCGCCCUGUCGUCGGCAAGAGCGCUGGCAAGACCACACGGCGCGCCCCAAGACGAGCGGGAUGAUCCGCAGGAGUCCGCGCCCGCUCGCCGUGUCUUUGAGCGCCUGGAUCGCUUCCACUCAAUCGACUACGUCGCCGUGCACGCCAACCUGCGGCUGCGGCGAAUCUGGUGCUCGACGACCCACGACGCUGCGACCAACCAGGACGAACUGCAGGUCUUUGCCGCAGCCCUCGGGCCUUGA